AUGUCUUUUUUUCAACAUGUUUAUCCUACUCAAAGUAUAUUAAAGAAAGCUCUCAAGAAUUAUUUAAAUGAAAAUCUUUCUGAAUUCACAUUAGGUAUAAGUGAAAAUAAGUUUACCAACAAGUUUUACAGUAGCUGGUAUAGUCAAAAUAAUUUUAAACAAAAUAGUCUCAGUUAUGAUUCUGUAGAAUCAAUCAUGAAUAGUAAACUUGCAGUAUACUCCUAUAAUAGUGAACUAGUAUAUUCUAAUAAUGCUGAACAUUUGAGACCAAUCUUGGCCGAAUAUGAAUCUUUUUCCAAAAGAUCUUUAGGUAUGCUUUUACAAAAAAAACAGGAUAAAUUAUUUGAAGUCGAUUAA